AAAUAAUCAAAACACUUUGCUCUAAUACUUGAUUUGUGAGGUUGUUUUUUUAAUGCUGUUUAUCUGGCUUUUUCGGAUGUUUCAACAACAAUUACAUAAUCUUUGUCAUUGACCAUAUAUUUGAGUUUGUGCUUAAGUUUUUCACAAACCAUCGGAUUUUAGUAGUCGGUGUUUAAAUAACAUUUAAUUCCAAAAUAUUUACGCUUACGUACUCAAAUUACUUAAAGAAAAAUAACAUAAGCAGCCGAACAUGUCAGUAGAUUAUGUCUGAGAGAAGAACUACAUCGAGUUACUGUGAAACUAAAUAAUAUACGAAAUGAAAUCGGAAAACUCAAACACAAACUCAAAUGUAUGAUCAAUGAAAAAGAUUAUAUAAUUGUUGUUGAAACAUCCAACAAAGCUAGAGAAUCCGCAUUAAGAAAAUCAAAACUCACGCAAAUCAGAAAAUUCAACAAACCAAUUGAAGAAAAGAACAUAACAGAUGAAAUUGAUAUCAAUGCUUCAUCCUCUAUCGACACAACAAAGUGGGUGAUCAACCUCUCAUCAAGAGAACUAAGCUCUAUUCAGAUAAAAGUACUUGAGAAAGGACUACAUUCCAACGUAACAGUUAAUAAAUUAAAGCCAGAGGAUGUUAUUCUUAACAUAGAAGUAGCACUAAGCUCAACAGAAAAGACAACAACAGAAGAGGUUCGACCACAAUGUGUAUUAACCCUGAAAAAUGAAAAUGAAAUAAAAUCAAACUUAACAAAAUGGGAAAGAGAAGCUACAAUUAGUCUAAAACAAGAUAAAAAUAUUGUCAUCGCAAAAGCUGACAAAGGAAACGCCACCGUAGUUUUGGAUAAACCUGACUACAUCAAAAAGGUUACUGAACAUAUUCAAACGGGUCCAUAUGAGGAAAUUGAGAAGUCUGUAGAUACAAUAAUGAAUAAGGUUAAGAAAUCUACAGCGGAACUAAUACGCAGAAUAAAGCCAUCACUGGAAAAAUAUGCAUCAUAAUAAACAAAAGCAUUACAAUAACGAAGAGUUUGAUCAAUGCACAAAUAAUGCAAAGGACAGCUUACUUAUGUCUGUGAAAGAUGCACAGGCGAAACCAACACAGCUACAGAUGAAGAAACAGGCACUGCUAACGCCACCGACAUUAGUACCUCCAUCAUCAGCUCAAUUACUAUCAUCAUCAACAACCACGUUAACUGGAACUAAUCUUGAACUGAACAAUCGACGAAAAGACUUGAAGACAAGAAUCAGUGUAAUACUUCAUGCUAAAUUAUUUCAUUUAAUCAUUGUAAUAUUAUGUGCAUUAGAUGGUCUAUUAGUGAUAUGCAUGUUACUAUUGGACAUUGAAUCACUUAAAUUAAAGCCAAGUCCAUUCCGAUCUCGUUUAAUUCUCACCUCAUUUAUAUUUGAAUGUACAAGUUUUGCAAUUGUCACCUUAUUUCUUAUUGAAAUACCAAUUAAACUAUGGACAUUUGGAGCCAGAUUUUAUUGUCACCAAUGGAUUGAAAUGCUUGACGCAUUUGUGUGCGUCGUUAGUUUUGCUGUCGACACUUAUAAUAUUCAUCGACAUGUAACACAUUCUAAAGAUACUGAUGAACAUUAUCAAUCUCACGGGGUAAGCGGAACAAAUGAUCACUUGGUGAAUAAAAGUGUACAAGCUACAAUUGCUGAUGCUGCCGGCCUACUUGUCCUGUUUCGAUUAUGGCGUGUUAUACGUAUCGUAAAUGCUAUUGUUGUCUCUGUGACGGCUAGUCAUGAAAGAACAGUAAAAUGUUUAAAAGCAGCACAAACUGUCUCACUAAAACGUAUUGAACAAUUGGAACAAUUGCUACAAGAGAAUAACAUACCAAUCCCACCUUUAUCGCCUAAAAGUCAAUCUUUAUUAGCGAAGAAAACUUAAAAGUAAAGUCUAGUGUGUCGUUGUUUAUUUCUUUUAUUUAAUGUGCAUUUACUCUUCUAAAUAUUUUGACUGUUUUAGUAAACUACUUAGUCCUGCAUUUCAGUAGUAUAAAAACAUUUGUAAAAAAACUAUUAUUCGUAUCCAAUAGAAUUAUUCAUUUUUUAGUAGAUUUUCAUUACUAUUUGUUUAGUCUUUCAUAAUCAUUUUUCAUUUUUACUUAUUUAUUUAUUUAUCCAAUUGUCACUUACAAGAUAUUUGUGAUCUAGUUAUAUUUCACCUGUUUCAAAUGAGUAUCUUUCAUGAUAUAAGAGACUCUUCACUUAAUGUUACCUUAUCUAAUCAUAACAAAUUUUUGUUUCGUCAGUGUAUAAAGUCAUAAAUAUAUGUAUAAGUUCUACUAAUUCUGCUGAUACUACUGUUAAAAGCUUUGAGAAAUAUUCAUUUAUGCAUCCAUUUGUCAACUUUUUAUUUUCCAUUGUGAAUAAAUAAUUCAUCUAUGUUAAUGUAGUAAUUCACUUAUUGAAAUGGACUGAUGUGUAUUCACCCAUUGUACUCAUCAAUAAUAGAUUUU